CAGUUGACGCGACAGACGUUAGGACGAAUUUCAGGUUAGUCGACGACAUUUUCUCGUCGAUGUCGCGAGAUUGGCGCAACUGCGGUACUGUCGCUUUCAAUGUGCGUGCCAUGACGAAUAAGGCGCAUCUUUCGCGCCGAUUCUCCUUGCUGAUCAUCUGUGUGUACUCGAUGGCCGCUGUGGUUUACGUCUCCGUCAUAAUGGAAUUCAACCACAUCCAUUCCGACGAGCUCAACAACGAAGAGCAACAGCUCUUUCUUAAGAUGGAGUUUCCCUUUGAUUACGAUGUCUCCCCUAUCCGUGAAAUCAUUCUGUUCGUUCAGUUUGCUCAACUGCUGAGUAACGCCUCAGUAAUCGGGAUGCUUGAUGCGCUGAUCAUAACGCUGAUGUUCCACAUAAGCGGCCAGAUAGAUAUCGUGUGUCACGAUUUGUACGAGCUUUUCUCACAAAAGUAUGAACACAAUUCGUACCGAGAAGCUGCAGGCACGCUUAUUCGCAAGCAUCAAAAUCUCAUCGCGCUGUCCGACAAUAUCGAGAAUUUGUUCUCUUACAUCGCGUUGAUGCAGUUCUUCACGAAUACUCUUGUCAUCUGUUGCAUAGCAGUCGUGAUCGUGACAUCACUCGAAAGUAAUCAGGGAUAUAUCGUGUUGUUGAAGUCUCUGUUCUUUUACAUCGCUAUCACCCUGGAAGCGUUCAUUUUCUGUUUUGCCGGAGAAUACCUCAGUAACAAGAGUAAAUCUAUCGCGAAUGCGGCUUAUGAGGUGCUUUGGUAUGACGCAAAACCCAGCAAAAGCCGAAUUUUAUUGAUUCUAAUGUUGAGAUCGCAGAAACGAUUGACUUUAACAAUCGGGAAAUUUAACGAUCUAUCUUUGGAGGUCUUUGCGGGCAUUUUAAAAGCUUCUGCGUCUUACGUAUCGGUGCUACUCGCGAUGUCUUGAACAAUGAAGAAAUAUCAAUUACGAAGUAUACGUGUAUUUUGCAGACAUAUACAGGGUGGGACAAUAGCAUUGUGUCUACUUUAAAUAUAUCCGUUAUCUCAUAUAUAUAUUUCAUAUAGUUUUGAAGGAGAGACAGUAAUAA